CGCUCUCCUCGACACCCCGCCUCCUCGUGCUGUAAACACGGUGACGCUCGCGCUGUAUCCCAGCACGCAGCCAUUAGGACAGAAUUUAAACCCGAGUUCUCGUAUGCAGUCUAGCAAAUAAAGACACGCCAGCAAACGUUCAGCCGAGGACAAUGGCACGAAAAAGCGCGACUCCUCCGUCCUACUACGGUGAGCCACGCAAGUUUGACCCCAGCUUCAGAGGUCCUGUCCUCAAAAGGGGCUGCACAGACGUACUUUGCUGUGUGAUCUUCGUCGUUGUCAUCCUUAGUUACAUCGCUCUCGGGACCAUGGCAUGGCUGCAUGGAGACAUGCGUAAAGUUAUCUACCCCACCGACAGCUAUGGGCAGUUCUGUGGUCAGAAGGGGACCCCUAAUGCGGACAAAGCCAAACUGUUCUACUUUAACAUUCUCCACUGUGCCAACCCAGCUGUCCUAGUUAACCUGCAGUGUCCGACUGUUCAGCUGUGUGUGUCCAAGUGCCCAGACAGAUUCGCCACGUACUUGGACACCCAGUACCACUACAGCAGGAACCGGAGCUCCUGGGACUACUACACACACUUCUGCAAGCCAGACUUCCACAACCCUAAAAAGUCGGUCGCUCAGGUGCUCAGGGAAGAAGACUGCCCCUCCAUGCUGGUGCCAAGCAGACCCUUCCUGCAGAGGUGCUUCCCCGAUUUCAUCACCAGAAACGGCACACUGACUGUGGCCAACAGAACCGACUUUAAGGACGGACUAGGCAGAAACAGGAGUGUCCUUGACCUGAAAAACGCCGCUAAUGGCAUCUCCAGUCUGCUGGAGGCCAAGGAGGUCGGCAUGAAGAUCGUUGAGGACUACGUCAGCUCCUGGCCCUGGAUCGUAAUAAGCCUGGUCGUUACUAUGGUGAUCAGCUGCCUCUUCAUCCUCUUACUGAGAUUCACGGCGGGAAUUUUACUCUGGUGUGUCAUCUUCGGGGUGAUUGCUGCAGUUGGCUAUGGUAUCUGGCACUGUUACUGGGAGUUUGAUAGACUGCGAGGGGAACCCGAUUCCGAUGUGUCUAUCUCAGCCAUGGGUUUCCACACGGACAUCCGAGUGUACCUCCAGCUGAGCCAGACCUGGCUCAUCUUCAUGGUGUCCCUGGUUUUGGUUGAGCUGGUUCUCGUCAGCAUCCUGGUCUUUCUCAGGAAGAGGUUGCACAUCGCCAUGGCGCUGCUUCAGGAAGGAAGCAGGGCCAUUGGCUACAUCAUGUCAUCUUUGUUUUAUCCCAUCAUCACCUUUCUGAUGUUGGCCAUCUGUAUAGCGUACUGGGCAGUGACAGCUGUCUUCUUGGCGUCUUCUGGUGAGGCUGUUUACAAAGUGAUGUCAGCACAGCCAAACUGUAAAUAUGCCAACAUCACCUGUGAACCACAGACGUUCAGCAAGUCCCGCGUGGCAGCCGAGUGUCCUGGCUCUCGCUGUGUGUUUGUCUUCUACGGCGGCGAGGGUCUUCUCCAUCGCCAUAUCGUCCUCCUGCACCUGUGGAACCUGCUGGUCUUCCUGUGGCUGGCCAACUUCAUUGCGGCGCUGGGCCAGUGCACGCUGGCCGGAACCUUCGCCUCCUACUACUGGGCCCUGAAGAAGCCCGACGAUAUCCCAGCAUGCCCUCUCGCUGCCUCCUUCUCUCGGGCCAUCAGGUAUCACACAGGUUCUUUGGCCCUCGGAGCGCUGUUCCUCUCUGUAGUGCAGUUUUUCCGGAUCAUUUUGGAAUACCUGGAUCACAAGCUCAAAGGUCCUCAGAACGCGGUCACUCGCUUCCUACUCUGCUGUUUGAAGUGUUGCUUCUGGUGUCUGGAGCAUUUCAUCAGGUUCAUGAACAGGAAUGCAUACAUCAUGAUUGCGGUUUAUGGGAAGAGUUUCUGUUCGUCUGCAAGAGACGCGUUCUUCCUGCUGAUGAGGAAUGUGGUAAGGGUGACUGUGCUGGAUAAGGUCACGGACUUCCUGCUGUUCCUGGGAAAGUUGCUGAUUUCAGGGAGUGUGGGUGUCCUCGCCUUCUUCUUCUUCACUCGGAGAAUACCGUUUAUUCAGGAGGAGGUGCCAACACUAAACUACUACUGGGUCCCUCUGCUGACGGUGAUAUUCGGAUCCUAUCUGGUUGCUCACGGCUUCUUUAAUGUCUACGCGAUGUGUGUGGACACCCUGUUCCUCUGCCUCUGUGAGGAUCUGGAGCGGAAUGAUGGCUCUCCUUCCAAACCUUACUUCAUGCCCGUCAACCUCCACAAGAUCCUUACCAGAUCUGAUCGGCCCAGCUAACAGUGAUCUGCCCUCCUGCACUCCUCCUGCGCUCCUCCUCUCUCCUCCUGCGCUCCUCCUCUCCUCCUCUCUUCUUCUAUUGUUCUCUCUCUGCAAGGGGCUGGAGGUCUCCUUCUACUGGCUGCUUUUUAGCCGUGUUACCCGCUGUCCUCUCUGCAUUGAGGCUGCUAAGAGCUGCUAUCUUUAACCGUCUGUGCCCAGAGUGUUCACACACCACACACUGCAGUUAGUAUUUCUCCAGGACACUCUCUCUCUCUCAUCUCCUCUGGAUUAAAGGGGGAAUAUUCUUGAUUGCCGUUAGCUGUUAGGGGGUUGCAGCGUCACCUUUAACGCACUGGUCACUAAUGGUUACCAAACUCCUACAGUAUACAGUAGGAGUGGUUUUAAGCUGCGCUUUGCUGUGUGUAUUCAGGGUGCGUGUGUGUGCGCGUGUGCGCGUGCUUGUGCUCUCCUCCUGAGGAUGUAAGUACCUUAGCAACGUUUAGUUCCAUCUGCUGGAGGUGGUACAGUAUUCUGGAGGUUCUCGUCAGCUUCAGGUGUGUUGGAGCUUCAGCGGAGACUGUCUCUGUACCAGGACUCAGACCUACAGGUGGACUGGGUUGGUGGUUUUUAAAGUGAAGUUCAGUCCUGUCCUCCAGGAGGUUCUGGUUCUGGUUUAGCAGAACAGCUUUACUUGUAGAUCUGUUGGGUUUUGUGCCAGGUCUUCUCAUACUGUGUUUAGUGGCUGUGCCUAAUUUCUGACUGGGAGGAGAUUUGUUUGGACUGGGACGAGGGUUGUUCAGACUGGCAUUUAUGGGUUUGCACUUCUUUUUCAAAGUUUUUAAAGGAUAAAGCCAUUUUUUUGGUACUUUUUGUAUACCAGGGCACAGACGUAUUCUGUCCCUGCCAGGGCACAGCUUUGUAUUCUGUCCCUGCAGUGUUUCAUGUUUUAUAAGGAUGUGUUUAAUAAAAACAAAACGCAAUAGUGAA